AUGGUUUUCAGUUCUCAUGGUGUGUUUGUUCUUCUUUUUUGUAUUGGGUUGUUCUUAGUAGUUCAACCAGGUGAAGUCUCUGCCCUCACAAGUUUAGGCCUAGCCCUCAGAGAGAACCAAGAUCAAUAUCAUGGAAUUUUGCCGCGGCGUCAACGUACUCUCAAGGCUGCCACCAUGGAGGAAAUGAGCGCAGAGAAGAAGAAUUCAACAAACACAAACAGCAACUUUGAUCCAAAUCAAUCUAGCAAAAGAAGAGUGCGAAGAGGAUCGGAUCCUAUCCACAAUAGGUCUUAA